AUGACAUCACAGGCUCUGAGUUGGGGCCUGAUGCCAAAAACACCCCCAAAACAGUUCAGGCACAGACGGGUACAGAUUAAUUUUGACACCAACGACAGGUGACAGUCCAGUUGCUGAUGUUACAAAACCGAUGGUGCAGACAGACUACUAGAUUGCUGUCUGAUUUGAGGAACUCUAUUUGUAAACAAUGAGACAGGCCACAGGACACAGCAGUGACAACCAGAGGAAGAAUGAAACUCAGACUGGUUCUAUUGUGUUUCUCUCCAACCCUUUGAUGAGUGAUAUUGAGUCAGAUUGGUCCCCCAUUCAUGAUGCAGCCUACAAUGGACGUGUUCUCACACUGAGAAACCUAAUAGCUCAGGGAACGUGUGUCAACCUGGCCACUCUAGAAAGAGUCUCUCCCCUUCAUGGAGCAUGUCUGCAGGGACACACUGCCUGUGCCAAGUUACUGAUAGAAAAUGGGGCCAAUGUGAACGUCCCCACGUUGGAGCAGACCACCCCCCUGUCAGAGGCCUGUGCCCGGGGCCACGUGGCCUGUGUGACCCUGCUCCUCCAGCAUGGAGCCUCACCCGAAGGAUACAGCCUCUCAGCCUCCCCCAUCCACCAGGCCGCAGCCAAAGAUUAUGGAUAUCUCUGUCCAGGUCACCCAGAAUGCAUUGAGUCUCAGGUUCAUCACGGGGCAGAUGUUGAUCAACACACUGACCAAUCAGGCUCCCCACUCUACACUGCCUGCACCAAUCAGCAUCUGAGCACUGUGAAGAAAUUGCUUCAGCUAGCUGCUAGUGUGAACAGCAGUAAGGAUGGGGACUCUCCUCUGAACACGGCAGUCUGUCUGUCCAACCCUGAGCUGAUGUCUGUUCUGCUGGAGCAUGGGGCUGACUGCAGCAGCAGAGACACACAGGGCAAACAACCCCUGGACCUGGCCUCUUGCACAGCCCCGUGGAGAAAAUAGUGCUGGGCCACAGAG